UCCGAUUCCAGAGAUCUAGUAAGUUUAGCAGCCCGAGCUCUGCUAGAGCUAUUAGCUAAAUUGGACUUUCGUUUGCAAGUCAUUGUAGAAAAACAAAAAUAAAAUUAAUCUAACAAAACAGAUGUACAGAUUGAGAUUUAUUAUCAUAAAAAAACCUUUAAUAAGCAGCUACGUAGGAAAAAUGAUGCGCUCACCGCACGGCGAUGUGUUUAAGUCACGUUUAAAUGGAAAAAAAGAAACUAAGAAAUUAAAUUAUCAAUACUUAUUUACAACCAAUGCAUAAAAAGAGUAGGAGACCUUCCAGCAGUAAGAAGUGUGUAUGGCUGAGUAUUGCCCUCGGGGCUCUGAGUAUGCUCGCCAAAGAGACGGGGGUUACAAUACUCCUGCUCAACUUGGCCUUUGAUUUCUAUAGAUGUUGGCCGUUUGUAAAGAGAUCGGUCUGCGCCUUGAAAAUAGAGAAGAAAUGUACUGGUUUGUCAGUGAGAACCGUAAAAGUGUUGGUGUCCCUGGCGCUGCUGAGUCAAUGUGUUGGAUUCCCUGAAGCUGCUGGCGUGUCUGAGGCUAAAGCUGCUGGUGUGUAUGAGACUGAAGCUGCUGGUGUGUAUGAAACUGAAUUUGCUGAUGUAUCUGAGGCUGAAGCUGCUGAAGUGUCUGAUACUGAAUAUGCUGGUGUGUCUGAGGCUGAAGCUAAAUGGUGUGUACAGAGGCACACUCCAGCCGUGAUCGGGUUACUGCUGCUGGUCAUACCGUUCGUGCCGGCCAGCAACCUGCUGGUCACUGUCGGCUUCGUGAUUGCUGAGCGGGUGCUUUAUAUACCCAGGGCGGAUCUGGCGACUUUGCCGCAAAACGCUAAACUGCACUACAACUUAGGCAACUUCCUCCGCGAAACUGAACAGCAGGAGAGCGCUAUCAAACAUUACAAAGAGGCACUCAGACUAUGGCCCAGUUAUGCCAGUGCACACAAUAACAUCGGGACCCUGGUGUCAAGGUCUGAGAACGCAGAGCACCACUUCCUCCAAGCGAUCAAGUUCAAUAAGUACCACGUGAAUGCGCACUACAACCUUGGGAAACUCUACAAGAAAACUGGCCGAACGAUUCAAGCAGUUACGAUGCUGGAGAAAUGCGUCUGGCUGCAGCCGCAGUUCGUCCAGGCCUACGUGGAGCUUCUGACUUUGAAGCCAGAAGUGGAGAAGCAUAGGAUCCUGACCAAACUCGUGGACUUGGACCCAAACAACUGGGAACACUUCGUGCUGUUCGGUGACUGGUUGAAGACUAAAGGACUUCCUCUACCCGCAUCUAAGUACUAUCUGGAAGCGCUAAGGCUCAGCUUUCGAUACCGCAACGUAGAUAAGCAUGGCGGCGAGGAUCUGCUCUCGUUUCGUGCUACAGCCUUAAUGUAUCGCUUGUUAGGGCAAAAGUCCAGGACGUUGCAACUUCUAACGAGAUGGCACACAUGGCGCCGUGGCUGGCCUAGUGCGGCCGCCGCUCACAUGUAUCUCCGCGACUGGAGACUGAAGAUGGAGCUCGAAGGUCGAGUCCAGAUAUACUCCAAAGCUGUUAAUCCUAUUAAAUCAACGAAGUGUUUCGACCACACAAGACUGUCUAUGCCACAGCAAUCAGACAACGCACCGGAGGCAAAAACCAUAGAACCUAAAAGUGCUAAACGUGACAAUAGUGAAUGUGAAAUGAAAUCGUGCGGGACCAAAAGGCGAAACUUGUCGAUAUCAUCUCAAAUAAAGACUACUCAUAAUAAAUCUGAGAUCGGACUCAAAGAGAAAAAGUGUUUGCAUAGGAAAGACGACGCUAAAAGCAAAAGUGUAAUGCCUAAAAUGGCACCACCGCUGGCCGAACAUAUUUUAUUGAAGACAUUUUAGCUAUUAUGAAAGGGUGUGAUAUUUAAGAGUGAUCGUCUGAUUUUGUUACAAGGGAGGAAUAGCCACAAAAAACGAAGCCAUUAUUUUUUUAAUGUUUCAGCUUUUAAAUUUUUAUAAAAUACUUGUUGUUGCCCGCGACUUCGUACGCAUGGAAUUAGUAAUUUUAAGUAGCCUAUUGUUUAUACAAUCUGAUUUUUCUCAGUCUAUUUACGGUUUGUAUUUGAGUCAAGUUUUAAGUCUCUUAGUUUACCCAAGGAAUAAGAUUUUUCAUACAACCUUUCAUUAAAACCUAAAACCCCUAUUUGAAACCCUUCG